AUGGGUUCAAUAGGAGAAGCAACCAAAAAACUACAUGCGGUUUGUGUCCCUUACCCAGCUCAAGGCCAUGUUAACCCCAUGAUGCAAUUAGCCAAGCUUCUUCACUCAAGGGGCUUCCACAUAACCUUUGUUAACACAGAGUUCAACCACAGGCGCCUAAUCCGGUCCAAAGGCCCGGACUCCGUCAAGGGCUUGCCCGACUUCCAGUUCGAGACCAUACCGGACGGGCUGCCUCCUUCAGAUAAGGAUGCAACCCAAGAUGUUCCAGCCUUAUGCGACUCCACCAGGAAAACCUGUCUAGGUCCAUUCAAAGAGCUGGUCACUAAGAUCAACUCCUCAUCUCAAGUGCCACAAGUUACUUGUAUAGUUGCAGAUGGUAUCACGGGAUUUGGGAGGCAAGCUGCUCAGGAGUUAGGCAUUCCGGAGGUCCAGUUUUGGACUGCCUCUGCUUGUGGCUUCGUGGGUUACUUGCAAUACAGUGAGCUCGUCAAGCGAGGCAUUGUUCCAUUCAAAG